AUGACCAGCCUUGUCCAAAUCCGGGAAUGGAGGACGACCUUGAACAUCGCCCAUGCCCGGAUUGCGGCGGUCCGCCCUACUUUGAAGACGAAGAGGAUGGUCCAUACGGAUACGCUGAGCCAUUCGGACGUGGGGGUGGGUCGUUUGGACAGCCCGGUGGACCAUUUGGACAAGGCGGUAGGCCAUUCGGUUACGGUGGUGGCUUGUAUAGACAGGACUGGCCGUUUCAACACCACGGUGGACCUCUCGGACAGCGUGUUGGACCGUUUGGCCAGCGUGGUGGGCCAUACAGACGCGGUGGUGGGCCGUACAGACGCGGUGGUGGGCCGUACAGACACGGUCGUGGGAUGUUCGGCCAGGGUGGACCGUUCGGGCAGCGUGGCGGUUCAUUUGGACGGUCGGGACCAUUUGGAUACGGCGUUGGCCCGUUCGAGCGAGGCGGCAGGCCAUUCGAGCGAGGCGACGGCGUAUUCACGCGGGACAGAGGCCCAUUCGGACAACCGGGGCCAUUUAAUCGGGAUGAUGGGCUACACGGGCAGGGAAGGCCAUAUGGAGAGCACGAACCGAACGGACUAG